AUGGGGGAUUUUCCAGCCCCCGCUGCUGCCGCGAAUGGCAGCAGCAUUUGCCUCAACAAUAACCUGAGCAGCAACCUCGGCGGGACCGGUCUCGGCGUGACUAGCGCUCCCCACGGCCCUCCUCCCGGUAACAGCGCUCCUCAUAGCGGCGGCAGUGGCGGCGGCACGAACGGGAGCGGCGGCAUUCCCAAGCACAGCACGGUGGUGGAGAGGCUGAGGCAGCGGAUCGAGGGCUGCAGGAGGCACCACGUCAACUGCGAGAACAGGUACCAGCAAGCCCAGGCCGAGCAGCUGGAGCUCGAGCGAAGGGACACGGUGAGCCUUUACCAGCGGACCCUGGAGCAGAGGGCCAAGAAAGCGGGCGCAGGAGGCGGCGGCGGCGGCAAGCAGCAGCAGCACCACCCCAGCAAGCAGCCACAAGAUGCCGAGUCUGCCACGGCCGAGCAGAGGAACCACACGCUGAUCAUGCUACAAGAAACAGUGAAGAGGAAGUUGGAAGGCGCACGCUCACCCCUCAAUGGCGAGCAGCAGAAUGGUGUGUGCGACGGUAGCAAGCGGAUACGAAAGGAUGUACCUGGGAUUGAUGGAAUCAACAGCUUGCCCAACAACUUGCCUUUGCCUUCUAUUUCCCCUCUGCACCAGCUUGACAUGAAGCCCUCUUUACCGCUGCAAAAUAGUGGAACUCAUGCUGUGGGUCUGGAUGACUUGGGUAAAAAUGUUGGACUGCCGGAGAUAGAACUCCCAAUCAACGGAUGCACUGAGCUUGAGGAUAGUUUUAGCAUCCUGCACAACAACAAGGAACUAAAACAAGAGCCACUGGAUGAUCCUAGCUGCAUUGACACUUCUGACACAUCGCUCUCAAAUCAGAAUAAACUCUUCUCGGACAUUAAUCUGAAUGAUCAAGAGUGGCAGGAGUUAAUAGACGAGCUGGCUAACACCGUUCCAGAGGAUGACAUACAAGAUUUGUUCAAUGAAGACUUCGAAGAAAAGAAGGAACUUGAAUUUCCCAGGCCAGCCACUGAGAUACAAGAGAGUGCAAGUGUUAAAAGUGAUCCAUCUCACUCUCCGUUUGCCCAUGUACCAAUAGGGUCUCCCCAAGUAAGGCCUUCUUCUUCAGGUCCUCCAUUUUCAAAUGUCCCUACAGCUUCCAGCAUCUCGUCUGUCUCUAGUGCACCCUCUGCUCCAGCCCUUGACAGCUCACCAGCAAACUGUGUUGUUCAGUCACCUCAGACGCCCAACCAAGCACAUACCCCAAGCCAGACUCAGUCACGACCUGGCAAUGGUUAUCUCAUGAAUCCAGCAACGGUGACAACAGCGGGGCCGGGGUCAGGGCCAGUGGCUGUGUCCAGCACUGACUUGUCUCCAGCUGAGCAGCUUAAACAGAUGGCAGCACAGCAGCAGCAGCGAGCAAAGCUCAUGCAGCAAAAGCAGCAGCAACAACAACAGCAGCAGCAGCAGCAGCAGCAACAUCCAAAUCAAACAUCUAGCUGGUCCCCUGUGGGACCUCCAUCUAGUCCCUAUGGAGGACCCUUCAGUACAGAUAAACCAAAUAGCCCAAUGAUGUAUCCCCAAGCCUUUAACAACCAAAACCCUGUUGUGCCUCCUACGGCAAACAACCCACAGAAGACUACAAUAAAUAACUACCUCCCUUCAAACCACAUGAACAUGAUCAGUCAGCAGCCAAAUAACCUAGGUACAAACUCCUUGACCAAACAAACCAAUAUGCUUUCUUAUGGCAACACUAAACCUCUGACUCAUUUUAAUGCUGAUCUGAGUCAAAGAAUGACUCCACCAAUGGCCAAUCCAAGCAAGAAUCCCAUGAUGCCAUACAUGCAGCCCCAACAGCCUCAGCAGCUCCAGCAACCACAAAUGCAGGCUCAGAUGGCGCAUUUGAGUGAAGAGCAGAAGCGCAUGCUUAUCAUGAAGCAGAAAGGAAUAAUGAACCAACCAAUGGGCUAUGGAACUCUUCCCUCCCUGGGUCAGGACCAGCACACGGUGGGACUGUCUCGGCCCACGGGUCCUAUGCAGUCCUCUGUGCCUCCAGGGUCCAGUAAUGUGGGCACGAGUCCUAGCAGCGCCAAUUUCUUAAGCAGCCAGCCUCAAGCUGUCAUCAUGAAGCAGAUGCUGAUUGAGCAGAGGGCCCAGCUCCAGAUGAUGGAGCAGCAGAAGCAACAGUUUCUAAGGGAGCAACGGCAGCAGCAGCAGAUCUUGGCAGAACAGCAAAUGCAGCAGCAGACCCAUUUGCCACGACAGCACCUCCAGCAACAGCAACGGAAUCCAUAUCCUGUGCAACAGGUCAGCCAGUUCCAAGGUUCUCCGCAGGAAAUAGCAGCGGCAAGGAACCAAGCAGCCCUUCAGAGUAUGAGGACUUCCCGAAUGAUGUCCCAGAACACCAGCAUGAUGGCCAUGGGGGCCUCCCAGAAUGCCGGAACGAUGUCUGCUGCCACUGGACAAUCUGAAAUGGGGAUGGCGCCCUACAGCAGCCCCGCAACCAGCCAACCAGGAAUGUACAAUAUGAGCACAGCAAUGAACCAAAUGUUGCAGCACCCAAACCAAAGUAGCAUGAGCCUGGCACAUAACCCAAGCCAAGGGCCAAGACAGCCCACCUCAACACAAGGGGUUGGCAUGGUUAGCAGCUUUGGUCCAAACAUGCUGGUGAACUCCACCUUAUCUCAACAGCACCAGCAGCUGAAAGGACCUGUGGGUCAAGUUCUGCCCAGACCACAAGCUCCUAGACUUCAAAGCAUGAUGGGGCCUGUCCCACAAGGCACACAGAACUGGCAGGCACGAGGCUUACAAGGUAUCCCUGGAAGGACUAGCAAUGAAAUUGGAUCUUUCAAUAAUGGCACAGCUUAUCCAAUGCAAUCUGGUCAGCCAAGGCUACCUAAGCAACAUUUUCCACAAGGCAUCAGUCAAGCUGUCAUGGACUCAAGUGGAACAGUAAGGACCCUCAACCCUGCCAUGGGAAGGCAAAUGUUGCAACCACUUCCUGGACAACAAGGAACCAAUAACCAAGCCAGACCAAUGGUUAUGCCUGCAAUAAGUCAGGCAGUUUCCACAAUGACUGGUUUUAACCAGUCCCCUGCGCAACAAAUAGCAGGGGGUAACUUCACUCAGAGCAACCAAGGUCAGGUGUAUGAAAGGAAUCCUACUCAGGACAUGUCUUAUAGUUACAAUAAUGAAGGAGCUGGAGGUUCCUUUCCAAAUCUAGCAGAAGGCACAGACUUGGUAGACUCCAUCAUUAAAAGUGGACCGGGAGAUGAGUGGAUGCAAGAACUCGAUGAGUUGUUUGGAAAUCCAUAG